AUGUCGUCGCCGUUUGAGGCGCCGAAGAAUGCUAUUUAUAUCAUUCUGGGUGAGAUACAAGCAAUAACAUCGUCGAAAAAAAAUAAUGCUCGAUGGUCAAAUACUCAUUCAUAUGAAGAAUCACCGGAAAUGAAUUCAUUUCAAAAAUUAAAAACAAUUCUCAAUUUCGUAUCUGAUCUUCAAGAUAUCGAUUCCAAUACAUUUCUGACACCAUUUCUCGACAUAAUUCGUUCUGAUGAAACAUCUGGUCCAAUUACAUGCUUAGCAUUGAAUGCUGUUAAUAAAUUUCUUUCCUAUGGUCUCAUAGAUACUCAAGGAGAAUCAGCAGCGUCAGCGAUUGAUAAAGUUGCCAGUGCUGUUACGCAUACACGAUUUGUUGGAACCAAUCCGAAUGAUGAUGAAGUUGUUCUUAUGCGUAUUUUACAAGUUCUUCGCUCGUUAUUACUGAGUCCCGUUGGCUCGAAAAUGACGAAUGAUAGUGUAUGUGAAAUACUACAAUCGUGCUUUCGUAUUUGCUUUGAAACACGAUUAUCUGAAUUACUACGCAAAACUUCCGAGCAUGUUUUAAUUGAUAUGGUUCAAUUGUUAUUCGCACGGUUACCACAAUUCAAAGAUGAUGGAACUUCUUCGACACUAACUAAACGAUUGCACGCACGAGGAAUAACCACGACAACUGGAAAUGAAAUGAUAAGUAAUCGUCGUCGAACACAACAACGGAUAAAUUCAUCAUCAUCAAUAAAAAAACAGCAGAUAAAUGAACCUCAAGCAAAUGAGCAAAUAUCGUCGGCAUCAGAAACGAAUUCAACCUAUUCCUCGCAAAUUGAUGAUAAUGAACGUCCGACAGCGAUAGAAACAGCUACUCAUGCCAUUCCACCAUCAGCUCCGAUAGAUCCGCCAGCAGUGAGCAAUGAUACGGAAUCAAUAGGUGAAAAUUCGACACAGGAAACAAUAUUACCCAUCAUUGUUCCUUCAUUUGACGAAUCCUCGUCAAGAGUGAUCGAGACAAAUGAACCGUCGAUUUCAACAACAACAGUUGCUGAAGACGAACAACAGCAACAAUCACAAAAAACAACUGAUCAAUCAUUGUCAACAACACAAUCCGAAACUCAAACAUCAUCAUCAACGACAAAUAGUAAUGAAUAUAUAAAUCCACGAGGCAUCCGAUUUACAUCAACACCAACAACGCCCGCUACCAGUGGACCUGCAAAAGAACCAUUGACACCCUAUGGUUGGCCUUGUGUACGUGGUUUAUUCCGUUUCUUAACUACUCUGAUAAAUAAUUAUGACAAAAAUAAUACUGAAUACAUGAUGACCGUUGGUCUUAAUCUCCUAACCGUUGCGUUGGAAGUCGGCGCAGAUCACAUUGCAAAUUAUCCUCUAUUACUUUCCAUUGUUAAAGAUUCACUUUGUCGAAAUUUAUUAAGUAUGUUAAGUUGCAAUCGUAUUCAAUUAUUUUCCGCUUCACUCCGGGUAUCGUUUCUGAUAUUUGAAAGUCUACGCACUCAUCUCAAAUAUCAAUUUGAGUUCUUCUUAACUCGUUUAAUGGAAUUAAUCGUAUCUGAACAAUCGAAAAUAACAUAUGAACAAAAAGAAAUUGCGCUGGAAACUAUUGUUCAAUUACUUCGUAUUCCUGGUUUACCAGCUGAACUAUAUUUAAAUUACGAUUGUGAUCCAUAUCUACCUAAUUUAUUCGAGGAAUUAACUAAAAUGUUGUCGAAAAAUGCUUUUCCUGUAGCUGGUUUGACAUCCACACAUAUUCUGUCACUCGAUGCACUUCUUUCUGUUAUCGAUCAUAUCGAAUUGGAAUGUCAAUUUCAAGUUCAAAGACAAAAAUCUGAUGUGACAAAUCAAUCUUUGACACGACCUGUACCUUCCGGAUAUGCUCUUGCUCAAUCCUUACAGAAUAUUGAUACGAAUCGUUCGGCAACACCACGAGAAUCUCGACAUGGACCAAAAAUUCGACAAAAUCGAAUGACAAUCUCGUCUAACUUACCAUCACAAGACGAUUUGAAGAAAAUCAAAUAUGAUAAAAAGGUUUUAAAACAAGGUUCAGAACUAUUCAAUCAAAGUCCAUCAUUAGGCAUCACUUUUCUUCAAGAAAAUCAAAUCUUGACAAAUCCAUUACAAGUCAAUGAAAUCGUGAAAUUUCUAAAAGAGAAUCCAAUGUUAGAUAAGAAGGUUAUUGGAGAAUAUAUCUCGAAUAGAAAGAAUGCCAAUAUACUCGAACAAUACGUCAAAACAUUCAAUUUUGAAGAUAUGCGAGUCGACGAAGCAUUAAGAAUUUACUUAUCUGAAUUUCGUUUACCUGGUGAAUCGCCAUUAAUCAGUACUCUACUUGAACAAUUCGCUGCUCAUUGGAGAGAGUGCAAUAAUUUUCAACUGGCAAACAAUGAUGCGGCAUUUGGAUUAGCAUAUGCUUGUAUCAUACUUAAUGUUGAUCAACAUAACACCAAUGCACGUCGACAAAGUUCUCCGAUGACCUGUGACGAUUUCAAACGGAAUCUUUCCAAAAUGAACAACAAAGAGAAUUUCGAUGAACGAAUGUUAACCGAUAUCUAUAAUGCAAUCAAAUCGGAUGAAAUUGUCAUGCCUGCUGAACAUACCGGUCUUGUUCGUGAAUCCUAUCUAUGGAAAUUGAUGCUUAAACGAUCGUCGAUGUCAACAGAAAAAUUUCUUCAUGUGCCAUCCGGUUCCUAUAACUACGAUAUAUUCACAUUGGUUUGGGGACAAACAAUGGCUGCAUUGUCAUUCGUUUUUGAAAAAUCAAAUUAUGAUUUAAUUAUUCAAAAAUCGAUCCAAGGCUUUAAUAAAUGCGCAAGAAUAGCUGCAUACUAUUUUAUGUCUGACGUGUUCGAUAACUUGGUCAUAUCUUUGUGUAAAUUCACAACCUUACUCAAUGGUCGUGAGUGGAUUGAAAAUUUACCUAUUCAAUUUGGCUUGAAUCGUAAAGCACGUUUAGCAGCAACUGUUGUAUUCAACAUUGCACAUGUUCACGGCGAUAUUCUUCGUGAUGGAUGGAAAAAUAUUCUCGAAUGUAUUAUUUGUUUAUACAAAGCCAAACUAUUACCAUCGGUUCUUGUCGAAGUCGAAGAUUUUCUCGAUCCAACGGGAAGAACAACAUUGAUCAAAGAACAAACAACUCAAAUACCAAGAAGUGAUACUGGACUAUUUUCGUCAUUGGCAUUUCUUCUCGGUGGUGGUGGUCUAUCUGAUUCAACAAUAUCUUCGAAUAAACAAACAACACCCGAAGAACAAGAAGCAAUCAAAGUUGCAACAACUUGUAUUGAAGAAUGUCAUCUAGAACAAUUAUUACAAGAGACAAAAUUCUUAAUUAUCGAUUCAUUGAAUGAAUUAUUGAAAGCACUUCUUUAUGGUUGUCAAAUAGGACCCGAAUCACAAAAAAUAGAUCAAGAUGCGGCGGUAUUUUGUCUAGAAUUACUUGUUAAAGUUGUUCUACAAAAUCGCGAUCGGGUGACACUAUUCUGGCCUACUAUUCGUCAUCAAUUCUACUCGAUACUAGUCAAUGCAAAUGAAAAAUCUUUCUUUGUUGAACGAACCUGUGUUGGAUUACUAAGGAUCGCAGCUCGACUCUUACGACGCGAAGAAUUAGCAUCUGAAGUUCUCGCUUCUCUUCGAAUGUUACUCUUAAUGAAGCCACAUGUCAUCCAUUCACUAUCAUCAGAAAUCGCCUUUGGGUUACAUGAACUUCUGCGAACAAAUGCAGCGAACAUUCACAAAUCGGAUGAUUGGUUUACAUUAUUUUCUCUAUUAGAAGUUGUCGGUGCUGCUGCACAUCCACCGCCUGUUCUUCAAACAACUCCGCAGAAUCUUUCAACUGAUAAACCUAUUCUUACUAGUCGAUCAUCGGUCAAUGCAGAAUCAGAUAUUGAAUGUUCAGAUUGUGCUACAAAUAGUACGGCAGACAAAGGUUAUACCAGUGAUACAGAAAUUUAUCGUCGAUCUGAUUAUAUUGUUGUUUCUCAUGAUGACUUAGAAACAAUUCGUACUCAGCAAUCAAUCUUGAAUCAAUAUAAAAUUGAUUUAAAUGAAAAAUUAUCUCAGCAUGAUCGUCGUGCAUUAAUUAAAUCUUGUGAAACAUUAUCAUUCUUAAUCCGCGAUUCUGCACAUGUCACAGAAGAAAAUUUUGAGUAUUGUAUUCACUGUAUUCGAACAUUUAUCGAAGCAACAGUCACACAACAACCCUAUCAACAAAAAGCCAAAACAACUAAUGCCAAAAAUCUUAAACAAAUUCGUAAAGUAACAUCGUCGAAUUCGUUAAAUAACGAAAAUUCCAAUGAACAAAUGAUGAAUCAAUCCGGACAAACAACUUACUCAUCUAAAACAUCUAAAUUAGAUUACGACGAUGAAGAUGAUCUCGAAGCAAUCAAACAAGAAUAUCAGUCACUUGCUUUACAGCUAUUAGAUCUCAUGCAUACUUUACAUACACGUGCAUCACAAAUCUAUAAGCAUACAACAACAGGACAAACAGAUCAAAUCACAUCAAGUAUUUUGUGGUACAAAUGUUGGUGUCCUAUUCUUCAAGGUAUCGCUCGUCUCUGUUGUGAUCCACGUCGGCCAGUUCGUUCAUCAGCACUUGGUUAUCUUCAGCGAAGUGUUCUUUUACCUGAACUCCAUAUCUUAUCUCCAAUGGAAUGGGAAUCCGUUUUCAAUAAAGUUCUUUUCCCAUUAUUACUUAAAUUACUCGAAACAACAAGUAUAACUGAUCAAAUUCAUGGCAUAGAAGAAACACGUGUACGAGUAUCACAAUUACUUUGUCGAAUAUUUCUUCAACAUCUGUCGCCAUUGUUAACACUACCAACAUUCACAGCACUCUGGUUAACAAUUCUAGAUUUUAUGGAUCGAUAUUGGAAAUCAGAUCAAACAGAUAUGUUGCGUGAAUCGGUUCGAGAAUCAUUGAAAAAUAUGCUCUUGGUUAUGAAUACAACCGGCUUAUUUGACCGCGAUCAAGCAUUAUCAGUGAUUACAAAAGAUCGAAUACACAGUUUUCUUCCGGGCCUUUGGGAAGAAGUUUUUAAAAUGUCCGCACCACCCAUGAUAUCAACCACUUCUGCAAAUAUCGAAACGAAUGCAAAACCGGCCACUACAUCGGAAGAUAAUGUUCCCGCGAAUGAAUCAGUGACAAAUUUGGCAGCUAUGAUCGAAUCAAUUCCAUCUAAUACUCGAGUCGUUACAUCUCGAAUACAAAAUUUGUGA